AAAGAAGAAGAAAUCCGCUCGCAUUAGUCCACCACAGUUCCGUUUUGCUAGCCGACAGUUCAUACAACCGCAACGAUGGAGGAGGCAAAAAACAAAGAGAAAAAGCAGCCCGAAAAGACCGAAGAGAAAGAAAAGGAGAAAGAAAAGGGGCAGCAGCCCUCUGGGAAAGAUAAGGAUAAGAAAGAGGAGCAGGAGUUGGUAGGUUGUGGUGUUUUUUUCAUUCAAAUAUGUGCUAAGUUGCGUUGUGGGAGUCAGAGGUUAUUUUGCCUGAGUCACUGCCGCUGUGACUACAUGAGAGAGCAGGCCGAUUCCUUUACCGUCCGUAAUAACUGACCGACAGACUCUUAGUUACCCAGAGACAUCCCCUAAAUUAUAUUAGCUUAUUUUACUUGGAUGCAGUUUUUGAACCGUCAUGAUAAACCCAACCAGAUAGCUAACUUUAGCCUAGCCGGUGAGCUAACAUUAGCAUGCUAGUUGUUGUGUGUGCUGUCAUCAGCGUUAGCAGGUCUGUGACAUGACAAAGCAGCUAACAUGAAGUUAAAUUAACAAUUUAAAGUACUCUGUAAUUGUUAUAGGAAAUAUCAAAGCACGUGAUGUAAUACUGAAAUAUAAAACCAAAAAUCUAUGUGUUAGGACUCUGAAGUUAGAAAGUGCUGAAUCAAACACAGACAUGACUCUGUAGUAGCAGUCACUGCAUGGGCUCAUGACAAAAUACUGCAGGAGAGACAUUAAGCCAAACUCCAGAAGUUGGUGUCCUGCGUUUGUUGUUGUCUUUGUACUAUUUUUAAUGAAAUGUGAAACUGAUUUGCAAAAUGUAAAUACAUUUAAAUGAUAAUUUCACCAAACUUUCCUUUGUUUUAAAUGAUUUUAAAGUCCUUCUAAGGAGUUUUGUAUUCUUGAGAUAGUCAAAUAUUAUGAUUUAUAUCUGUUAGUGGUCAACUGGCUGAUCACUUCAUUUUCAUUCACUUCACUUCACUUCACUUUCAUUAUUAUUUGGCACUUGUUGUCCACAGCAGAGUUGCGGCUAUGACAUUAUUGCCAUCUUGGGCCAUGUAUGCUAUCGUUUUAUUUGCUAUCUAACCAUUUCUACCUCCAUUACUGUGCUUCUGCCUUUUUGAUAAGCUUCUCAUAGACAUUGUAUCUUCUUUCACCUUUUUGCAGUCAGAGGAAGAUAAGCAGUUACAAGAGGAUCUGGAGAUGAUGGUCGAGAGAUUGGGUGUAAGUAUUAGAUUUAUCUCCCAUGUUUUACAACACACUCCGUCUCUGGUUUAAAGUUGCAAAUGAUAAACCCUUCACGUUUUCUCAACCUCAUCAGGAAAAGAACACAGCCUUGUACCGUCCUGCACUGGAGGAGCUGCGCAGACUGAUCCGCUCCUCGACCACCUCCAUGACGUCAGUGCCCAAGCCCCUCAAGUUCCUGCGCCCUCACUACAGCAAGCUCAAAGAAAUCUUCGAUGGCAUGGCUCCUGGAGAGAAUAAGGUCGGGCUUAAGUGCCUUCAUACUAUGUAUUUUCUAAUGCUCUAGGCUUUGCUUAUUAUCACAAAAUCUGGAAAGAAUUAUUGUAAAUAUAGGAUGUAAUAUUUGAAAUCUUCUAUUGUUGAUGAAAUUUUAUACUUUUUGACUUAAAAACACUGUCAAACUAAUACAGAUGGACAAACCAGUUAUUCACAGAUCUUAUCUGGAAAUAAAUUUCGGAUCACUAUGAUAAACCACUUUGUGAAUUCUUCUCUUUUUGUUUGUUUGUUUGAUAGUCCAAAACAAAUAAAAAUAAAAACUAAAUUGUCAGUUUUGCUUGGCAGAUGACUUUAUCGGGUAAUUGAUUAUCAAAACGUUGAAUAAUGUGUAAAGACUGACCAAACAAUAAGUAACAAGUACAAUCACUCAAUUCAAACUGUUGUUGGUGUUUGUUUUUGCAGCGUUUCUGUGCUGAUGUAGUAUCCGUGCUAGCCAUGACCAUGAGCGGUGAGAGAGAGUGCCUGAAAUACCGACUGCUGGGCUCCCAGGAAGAGCUGGCCUCAUGGGGACAUGAAUACGUCAGGUAAGACAUGACUCAGCACAACAAAAACAAAUGUGAAUCUAGGGUUUGGAGCUGUAAUUGGGCAACAAGAUUUGGAUGGUUUUUGGAAGUUAUUUGGCUCACUCUUACAUCUGUGGGUGGAAAAUCUGCCAUUGACAAUAAAAAUAAAUGAUGAUGUCUCAGGCUGUUAAGUUUUAGACUCUUAAUAUUUCAUAAUACAGCUACAGCCUCCCAGUCGUCCGUUAUAACAGCUGUGACUAAGUAGUUGCUGAGCCUAUUAAACCUUCAAUCUGAACAGAAAGCUGCAUUAUGUUUCAACAUAUUGGAAAGAAGUGAAAAGUGUCAGUCUUUCAUCAGACUGGGUCAGUGGAGGAAAUCCUAUCAGUCUAGAAUCUAUUUGCCACAACAGAGAUUAUCACACUGCAGCUGGCACAGGGCACAGUGUGUGGACUGUGGGUUGAAAGUCACCUCAGGAAUAAAAUGCAUUUACUAAUUGAUUUAUAGGGCACUGAUUUACAUCCUUUCUGUUUGUUGUCUCAUAGGCAUCUGGCAGGAGAGGUGGCCAAGGAGUGGCAGGAAGUGGAGGAGAAUGACAAGGCACAACAGGAGACACUGCUCAAACUUGUGAAGGAGAUUGUCCCCUACAACAUGGCCCAUAAUGCUGAGCAUGAGGCGUGCGACCUGCUGAUGGAGAUCGAGAGGCUGGACAUGCUGGAGGACUACAUCGAUGAAAAUGCUUACGGCAAAGUCUGCCUGUAUCUCACCAGGUAUGUUUAAGUUUUGCAUUUAGUGCAGGAAACACAAAGCAUGUUAUUUUUCCUGUUAAGGGGCCAUUAAUACAUUUAUCUUUGAAGUAUUUCCUUUUUAUUUACUUUCAUCAUGUAUUGAUUUUCUUAUCCCCAGCUGUGUGAGUUAUGUUCCUGAGCCAGAGAACUCGGCGCUGCUGCGAUGUGCCCUGAACAUCUUCAGGAAGUUUAACCGUUACCCAGAGGCCCUGCGUCUGGCUCUGAUGCUCAAUGAUGUAGAGCUGGUCGAAAACAUCUUCACAUCCUGUAAAGACAUGUAAGGAUGAUAAGACCUCCAUUCGUGGUCUUCAUGAGGGUGUCAUGAAUAUGUGUCUAUACUGGUUUAUGCAUGGUUCCCUGAUCUUUGACUUUGACUUUUAAUGAUAGUCAGAUCCACACAUUGACUAAAGGUAGACAAACUCCUCCAAGUCUGAUAUUUACCGUCAAAGGGUUAAAAAUUCAACUUUUGUUCUGCAUAAAAACAUAUUCCAAAUUUCAGUACAGAACAACCUUCAGCUGACUCGCUUAAAGGGAUAUUCCAGCGUAAAAUUAAGUUUGGGUCAAACACACCUGAACACCGAGUAUGACACCCCCUUGAGAGAUGAAUGUUGCCGACUGUUUGCUUCUGUAGUUAUACCAUCUUCAGUAACGACCGCAAUACACAGCUGUCUAUGUCUCCACGCGCAGACCUCAACCAAAAAGCCACUCUGUAGCCACAAAUAAUGCUCAGAACAGCACCUAACUUCAUCAACAGUAUAUAUAGUGUCCCAGCCAUAGUACUAGCCACCAAACAUCUUUUUAACUUUGCCUGAUUUCUUUAGCAAAGAGACUAAACACAACUUGCCCACUCUCCUCCAGCAGCCACUUGUUUGGUUCUCUAAUUGAGGUUAGUUUUAUGUUCAGCUUUGAAAAUAAUUAAUUGAAGUUACAUAUUCUUAAAUACUGGUUUCAUCGACAUAUAUUAAUGAUUUUUGGCCCCAAACAAGAUUUGUUUUUUAACCCAUGAUUCUCCAAUCUGACGCUUGAAUGCAAUUUAAUAUUGUUAAAUUUUUAGGGUAAAACUGGAUCUUGCAAAACUUGAAAUGGUCACAUGUGUAUGCUGUCAGACAUGCGGUGUUUGAAAUGUAAGGUCCACUGUUUGUAAACUGGGUGGUUUAUGAAAACUCUCUCUUGCCUUUCAGAGUUAUCCAGAAGCAGAUGGCGUUCAUGCUAGGUCGUCACGGCAUGUUUCUGGAGCUCAAUGAAGAUGUAGAAGACUAUGAAGACCUGACAGAGAUCAUGUCCAACGUGCAGCUCAACAGUAACUUCUUGGCCUUGGCCAGAGAGGUGAGUACCAAGCACGACUCAACUCAAGGGGUUAAGUUUAAAAGGAAGUCUGUGAUAUUGGUGUCGCAGUACUUACUGUGAAUUUACUUGUUUUGCAAGAUAGUUUUCUAAAAAGAAAAUAGAAAAUAUUUAAGUUUAUGGAUGAUGAUAAGUUGGUCAUGGCACAAAAAAUGUUCAGUUUGAUACUGUUUGUAGUUUUGUAGUCGUAGUUUGGUUCAUUUUCAGUUCAGUGAGAUGAGCUAAUGUAACACAUAAAAUUUCUUGUCCUUAAUUGGAACUUACAGAAAAUUUAGAAAUUGUCUACAGUUCAGACUGUCAGCCCGCUCAGAUUUUUCUUGACAUUUUAAAUAAAAAAUUCCUUUAAAAUGAGGUUGAAAAUAAAUAAAUAGAAUAGAAAAGUCAUUCAGGGUCUGAAAUUAACCCCAUAUCAAGCACUAAACGUGAUUAGAUUUUGUGUUUGCUGAGUAAAUGUCAGAAGUGUUUUCACCACAUUACAGGUAAAUAUUUGUACCAAAUUUGUCACUUCGUCAAAAUAACCAGAGAGCUUUUACUUUGUUCAGCUGCAGCUUCUCUGCUGACUCACUGCUGGAGCUUUGCAGGGUCAGGCUGACACAAACACACUCAAAUAUAAUCGCUCAAACACACGUACAGUUUUUUUCACCUGACUUCAGCUUCUCUGUUGGAUUAAAGACUCCCCGGAUAAAGACUUCAUAGUAGAGCAACUUACUAAAAGCACAUCGAAGUUAAAUUUCCUACAGCCCCACAAGAGGCUUUAAGUCUUUUCCCAAUAGAUGGCACAUUUGAUGUCAUUAAAGCCUAGGUAACUAAUUGAUUAGAUAUAGCAGGGAAUUCUAAUGCUCUGAUGCUAAUUAUUGUCAAAACUGUUUCUAAUAAAGAAGUGUCACUCCUCAAUUUACUUAAAGAUAUAACUUAUGAAGUAGUGUCAUGUGGUGCAGUGAGGUCUGAAGUGUUAAGUCCUUUUAAAAAUAUAACAGUACAAAAAAUAGCAUAUUAUGUGGGAAAGUGGUCCUGUGGGGAUACAUGUGUCACAGGUGUAAUCAGGAAUGAUUCAUAGAACGAGGGGGAGGAUUGUACCCUUAAGCUCACCAUUAAUGGCAUGAUGACUCAGUUUUCACCUUCAUUAAUUACACCCAUCUUUGUCCUCCACAGUUGGACAUCAUGGAACCCAAAGUCCCUGAUGACAUCUACAAAACACACCUGGAAAACAACAGUGAGUUCUGUCUUCCAUCUUUAGUCUUGAAUAUUCUGUAUCCAUCGCUUCUUUAUUGAGUGAUGUGUUCUAUGACCCGUGUGUGACAGGGUUCGGAGGCAGUGGAUCCCAGGUGGACUCCGCUCGUAUGAACUUGGCCUCCUCCUUCGUAAACGGCUUUGUCAAUGCUGCCUUUGGACAAGAUAAGCUCCUCACAGAUGAUGGCAACAAAUGGUUGUACAAAAACAAGGACCACGGUAAGUUGUCGUGCUCCAAUAAAAGCCCUACAGACAUUUCAGUAGUAAUUACAACUGACGCUCAUUCAUUUACAAAUGACUCUUUGUAUAGCUUUUGUAGUUAAGUGCAUUUUAUUUAAUCUUCAUGUAAUCUAAGGCGAUAUUAUUGUUCCCAGGAAUGUUAAGUGCUGCAGCCUCCCUGGGUAUGAUCCUGCUGUGGGACGUGGAUGGUGGUCUGACUCAGAUUGACAAAUAUCUCUAUUCUUCUGAGGACUACAUCAAGGUAAACAGCUCUCUGUUGAAUAGUUUGCAUGAUUGUUUCCUUGCUGGAUUUUAAAUGCAUCAUUUUAAACUAUUGCUCAUAUAGUAAUAGCUGUUCUAAAGGUUAUUACUUAGGAGGAAAAAAAAACAAAGAACCUACAUGCAUCUCGGUGUUUUGUCUUAUUUUUAACCUGCGUCAUCUUUUUCAGUCUGGUGCCCUUCUGGCCUGUGGCAUUGUCAACUCAGGUGUGAGGAAUGAAUGUGACCCGGCCCUCGCUCUGCUCUCUGACUACGUCCUCCACAACAGCAACAUUAUGAGGAUAGGUGCCAUCUUUGGGUGAGGAGACCGUUCACAUGGAGAAUCUUAUCAAACUGUUCAGAACUUGUUUAAGUAUUAUUUUCUUUUCUUUUCCUGGUUCUGUCUCUCUGGUCUCUAACUCUCAAGUCUCUCCUUUAGGCACCAGUUAAGUGCACUCCCAUAGCUGCGCAUUGACCCUCUAUGUGUUCUUGGUUUCAGACUGGGUCUUGCCUAUGCCGGCUCCAACAGAGAAGACGUCCUGUCUUUGCUUCUCCCUGUCAUGGGAGACUCUAAAUCCAGCAUGGAGGUACAGAUAAAUGUUUGACUGUAAUUCCUCUCGCUCUACAUAUGUUCAGCCCGGCAAAAUUUAAGUGCAAAUGUUUCUGAUCUCCAGGUGGUGGGAGUGACGGCGCUGUCAUGUGGUAUGAUCGCAGUAGGCUCUUGUAACGGUGACGUGACCUCCACCAUCGUUCAGACCAUCAUGGAGAAGAAUGAACAGGAGCUGAAGGACUCAUACGCUCACUGGUUACCUUUAGGUCUGGGCCUCAACCACCUUGGUGAGCACCGGCUGCUGUAGUCUUUGAUAUGAAACCAGUUGUAACUUUUUCCCCCUUUUCAGUCAUACAUAAAUAUAUAUAUAAAGAUGUCACAUUUUCUUAUUUAAAAGGAGCAUGAAAAAGUGCCUCAAAGGGACUGUAAACCAAACUCUUAUCAAAACAGCUUAUCAAAGAUGAUGGUUGGGGUGUUGAAUGAAUAGUUGUAAAACAGUACUUGUAUAUAUCUCUGGCACUGGACUUACGUGACUCAUAGUUUUCCAAACCCUCAUGAAGGAGUGUUUUAUUGGCAAAGCAUUCAAAGAGAAAGAUGUAGUGGUAGUUGGAUAUGAAAACAUGAUGUAAUAUUUUUUUUUUACUUUACUCUUCUUGCUGUUCAGCUACUUUAAUUGUUGUCUUUGUAUUUUUUUUUUUCUUUCACAGGUAAAGGAGAGGCUAUUGAAACGACCCUGGCAGCUCUUCAGGUUGUACCUGAACCUUUCCGCAGCUUUGCCAACACACUCGUGGAUAUUUGUGCAUAUGCAGGUUUGUCUCAGAAUUAUCCCUAUUUCAACAAUUCUUAGGUUAUUCUGGUGGACGGAUUCUCUUUGUGACUGCCUAGUGUGCACAGAUCUUUCUAAAACUGUCCUUUACCCCUCCAUCUCAGGCUCUGGUAAUGUGCUGAAAGUGCAGCAGCUCCUUCACAUCUGCAGCGAGCACUAUGAAGCCAAGGAGAAGGACAAAGAGGAGGACAAGGACAAGAAGGAUAAGAAAGACAAGGACAAGAAGGAGAGUGCCUCUGACAUGGGCUCUCACCAGGUAAGGGCUUGACUACGACAAAGGUUAUACCUAAAUAAAAAUUAUUUGCUGACAUUUAUUGUUAAUUCAACGUGUUCCUCUCAGGGUGUAGCUGUUCUUGGUAUCGCUCUCAUUGCAAUGGGAGAGGAGAUCGGCUCUGAAAUGGCGCUGCGAACAUUCGGACACCUGGUUAGUAGCAACACCUGUGGCCAGUUUUUCUAUUCUUGUUGAAUAUUCUUCUUUGACUGUUUGAAUAAGUAACUGUUCUCAACACCACCUCACUUUGAAUUCUUUGCUCCUCCAUUGGGUCUUUUAAAGAGAAACUUUUACUCUGUUUAUCAUGACUUCAAGUGCUCUAUACUUUAAGACCUGAUCCAUCUCUUCCUUUUUUCAUGUGUCAUCACUCUUGUUUUCUCUCAUCAUAUGUCAGUAACAGUCUCAGUGUGCAGUUGAAAUGGUUAAAGCCAGAUUGUUGUACCUCGCCAUAACUACUUUAUUUUCUGUUAUCAGCUGCGUUAUGGUGAGCCCACCCUGAGGCGAGCAGUGCCCCUCGCCCUGGCUCUUAUUUCAGUCUCUAAUCCUCGUCUGAACAUCUUGGACACGCUCAGCAAGUUUUCACAUGACGCUGACCCUGAGGUGUCCCAUAACUCCAUCUUUGCCAUGGGCAUGGUGGGAAGCGGUGAGUUCAGAGUCUAGGAUAGAUGAAUUGCUCAAAUUCUGUCCAAAUGAGAGUGAAAUGAAGGGGUUACAUAUAAUGAUCGGGCUAAACCCUUAGUUGUCUCUUAAGUGUUGUGUUUUUUUUGUUUGUUUUUAAGUUGGGGUUUUGCUCAAGAACUUGUUCAUAAUAAUCAAGCUAAAUUAACACAUCAGUAAGGGUACCUAACAAAACAGCCAGUUUUCCUUGUUUCAUUCAUUAUACCAGUCACAAUUUUGUUAUUGAUGCUCAAAUUUUGCCUGUUUUAGUUCUUGCCUACGCUCAGGUUACACAGUGUUAUGUGUUAGUGCUGCCAUCAGCCUGAGUUUGAUAUAUAUCCAGUAUCGGGCACCAGAAACAUUUGACACAAUUUUGACACACAUGGGAUGCUUUGUAGCUACACUAUCAUAAGCCUAAGAGUUUGGCACACAUUUGUACAUGAGUGAAGCUGCUGUCCAGAUAAAUGUGUCCAUUUACAGACAGUCUUCAGCAUGCUAAGAGAGAUAAAACAGAAGAUGAGUGGUUUUAUUUUGGGAAAGGUGUGAUCACCCUCCUUCUCUUCUUUUAAUGUUACUUGUCAUUCACUCUAAUAUUUAGCUCUUAAAGUGAAAUAGUCUCAAAAACAAACUACCAAUAAGCAUAUUCUUUCCUGUUUUUGGUGAUUAGGUUAGAAGCAAAUGUAGAAAUGUUAUACCUGGGGUCUCUAUUGAAGGAAGAAUCAAACCUGUGCCUUUUUUUAAUAUUGUUACAUUAGCUCUCUGCAGCACAUAUGCACCACUUUACUGUAAUGUGGUAUAGCCAGUUUGGAGAGGCAAUUUAUGAUGAUAAAAGCAUUGCAUUUCUGCCAUGGCUACUGUGCUGGCUGUUUAAUGAACAUGUUUAAUAAAGACCCUCAUAGAAAAUGGAAAAGAAAAACUAAACACAAGUUUAUGUCAGCGAUUUAAAACGUGCCGUCAAUGACUUUAUUCCAGCAGCUAUAAAACUAACAAAAUACAUAGUGAAAAAUAAAAGUUAAUUCUGGUACCAGCUUGCUUCAACAGUAAAGUACGCAUUAUGAGUAACCUCAAAGAGCGUCAAAUGUACCAUAAAGCCUGGGGUAUAAAUUGAUUGAAUUCGUCUUUUUUUUUUUUUUUUUUUGAAGGAAUCAAGUUGAAACUGUGUUCCUGCAUUUCCUCCACUGUUGUGUUCCGCAGUGUGCAGUUUUUAUGCAGCUGUGUAGCUCUUUCUUAGUGCCAUGUUGUUCGUAUUUAAACACAGUACUGAGUAGUUUUGAUAACGUUAAUGAAGGACCCGCUGCUCAUGACCAGCUGUGUUUUCACCAAGCGGUCUGGUUCAGUGACUAAUUUUCGGUGUCUACAGUUUAAUGCCACAGGAAUAAAUCAUCAGAAUAACAUUUUAAACUAAAGGUGAAAUGUAUUUGUUACUCUAAGUGAUGAUGCACAUUAGUGCCUCCUCAGGGAGAGCCCCUGGUGUGGACUUUCUUCUGCGUAUUUAAUAGCCUCAUCAUUUUUUCCAUCUCCUCAGGCACAAAUAACGCACGUCUGGCUGCUAUGUUGCGGCAACUGGCCCAGUAUCACGCCAAAGACCCCAACAACCUCUUCAUGGUCCGACUGGCCCAGGUAUGUGGCAACACACGAGGCUUUCUGUACCAGACAGACGUAAACUCAAAGGAAAGUGUGUGUGUCUGUAUAUGAGAUACUAUUGACUGUGUGCUGUAUGUGACUCCGCAGGGUCUGACUCACCUGGGCAAAGGCACACUGACACUCUGUCCCUAUCAUAGCGACAGACAGCUGAUGAGUCAGGUUGCAGUGGCUGGACUUCUUGCCGUGCUCGUUUCCUUCCUUGACGUCAAGAACAGUCAGUUCUUUUUUUCUCGUGCUUCUUCACACACUGAACAUCCUCCACUCUCUCCUCUCAUUUUAAAAGCUGCACUCUGUGUUUAAUUUCCUCUUUUGUUAAUGUUCUUCCUCUGGUGGUCAUUAUUACAGUUAUCUUGGGGAAGUCUCACUACAUUCUCUAUGGCCUGGUAGCAGCCAUGCAGCCUCGUAUGUUGGUCACCUUUGAUGAGGAGCUGCGACCGCUGCCCGUGUCCGUCAGAGUUGGACAGGUGAGGCCAAAGUCAUGUGAUUCACUUACUAAAACCACAAUGUUUGUUGAAAUUCUGAUAUUUUGCAUUGAAAUGUAUAAUUUUGUAGAGUCCUCUGCAAGUAACAUUUAGGUUAAGGGACUGCGAUGCAUGUAUGAAAAAGUUAUUUUUAAACCAAUAGGGAUGUAACCUAGUAGCACUUUUAACAUCUCACAGUGUGUGAUAUAGCACAACUAUUGCCGUCAGUCACAAUGUUUUGAAAGGGUGAGAAAGGUUUAAAAUACCAGGACUUUUCCACUUCAUUCAUGAAAUAAGUUUUUUGUGGCAGAAUUCAGCUUCUGAAGAAAUUUGUCCAGGUUUCCCACCUCACCAAAUGAUUCAAUUUGAGAUCAACUUUUUAUUUAGUCUAAGUUUCUGUAUGACAGUUCAGUGAAAACUUCAUUUAUAGGGACUCUUGUUACUUAAUUUUUUUUCCCUAAUAUGGAGAAAGAUUUGACUUUUAUAAGGCCAAACGUUUAUUCUCUGAGGACAAGAUGACAGGUGUAACACGAAUGAUGUUCUGAAGCUUUAAACAGAAAUUUCAAUUCCAACUAAAAGUAAAGGAAACCCAGAAAACUGUCAGAAUUGAGCAUGACAUUUUCAAAACAGCUUGAAGUAGAUUACUAAUCUGCAGAUGAACCACUAUCACUGCCAAAUUAGCCUUCUAUAGAGAAGGCCCCGUUUUUGCCAAAGUGUACUGAUUAAAUCUGAAACAUGAUUUUUCUGAAGGAAGCCGUCCUAUCAAGCACAAUCCCGAGAUUCCUAUAUACAGUGACCCUUAUUGGUGACACUUUUAGGAGUGAUGGUGUGAUUCUUCAAGUGCAAAAGAGUGCAACCUCUAAUUUGUAGAAGCAGCACUGAAGAUAAUGCACAGCAGACUGCCUAAGCAGCAGUGCAAUACAAAAUUAUAUCAGCGUUAGGAUGAAUUUUACAACCAGACAUAGCUGACAUAAUACCAUUUGUCUAAUGAGUAAAAAAGCAUAGGACCUAGGACAGAGCCACUAUUUGUAAUUUUGACAAAAUCAGGUUUUAGAGUUCCCAAGACUAGUUACUUUUGGGGCAUUUUUAACUCAAUCAGAUUGGACAGCUGAAUGGUAACAGGAAAUAUGUACAGUCGAGAGCUGGGGAAGGAUUGUUGCCUGGAGCUGAACCAGUGGCCUCGGUGACAAGGACUGUAGUCCCCUGCAGGGUUUCCCCUGCAUGCAUUGAUCAUGGUGCACCACCACAGCUAAAUAAAAGCCGCCACACUUAAAAAAUUAGUUAUUUUUUCUCAUGUGGCUCUACCUCAGACUCAUAUGUAGCAGUAUGCAUACGCACGGUGAACCGCUGAGCACGCGCACUUCAAGUUUUAGCAUUAGUUAGUAAGUUAUCGUCUGCGAUCACACAGUUGAUUCAUUAUAAAUAAAUGAAUAAAAUAAAAUAAAAUAAAAUAUAUAAUGAUAAUCACACGCCACCACAGAUGGAUUCCCGUCCUGGGGGAAACACUGUCUAUGUAGCAUACAUUUAUCCCACAAAGCGGAACAGCACCCCAAAAGCUACUCCGAUGUUCAUCAAGUUACAGUAUGGUUGAGGGCAACAAAAGGAGAUUGUUCCAUUUUGUCUUUUCAGGCCUUUCCUGCCUGUAUGUGUCCUCUCUUUAUACUGUUAACAUCUGUAGGAAGUUUUAUAAAUAACUCCCGUUUUGAAAGUUUCACCCACAGCAUAGCAGUUUCAAACAUCCAAAACUGAGUGCAGCAGAACUUAAAGAGUAACCAGCUGCAAAAAGCAGUUACAGUAACUGCUGUAAAAGGUCUCAAUUGGCAUACAACAUCAAACCUCCAUGUGUUUGAAGCUAACAGUGUGCUGACUGUACAUUUCAUAUUUUUUAAAAAGAGUGAUGUGGCUUAUCAGCAAAAGAAAACAACGAGGUGCAUUUUCCAAGAUGGAGAAAAAUGUAUAACUGUUCCUUUAAUCUUUGAUGAUGGUUGGUGAUUCAGUGAAUUAGAAAUGGAGAAGUUAUGCAUUUCUUUAGAACCCUUCACACACAGACUGUGGUAGAGAAGUAUGCAGAGAAAUGGUUGUUUAACAUGAGCUCGUCUGUGCAAUCUGUCUUCAGGCUGUGGAUGUAGUGGGCCAAGCAGGAAAGCCAAAGGCCAUCACAGGUUUCCAGACUCACACCACGCCAGUGUUGUUGGCUCACGGAGAGAGGGCUGAGCUGGCGACAGAGGAGUACCUCCCCGUCACCCCCAUCCUGGAGGGCUUUGUUAUCCUCCGCAAGAAUCCCAACUAUGAAACCUAGACUGCCCUUGUCCCAUCCUCACUGGCGUCGCUCUCUGUUUUUAAGGAUAGCCCUCCAUGGCUCUUGGCAGUUGUUAUAUUUAGUUGUUUAUUGCAUGGCUGAGAAGAGCUAGGCGGCCUAUCCUUCUUCCUCCCCGUGUCUUCUCACUGUUAUACACCGCCCAGCCCCAGCAGUCAUCAAAAAUGGAGUAUCAGGGUCUGGAUAACUGGUUUUGGAUGACACAGGGAGGGUAAAACUGGGACCUCAUACACUCAAUAAGAUUUUUGCUCUAAUUUUAAUCUAACCUUUCAAGAUGUGAGAACCUGUUUCAUCAGUGUAUGAAUAACGACUGCUCAGACCACAUCAGUGCUUCAAAUGUGUUUCACCCACUACUUACAUGCUCAGUCAUCUUUUGUAAUUAGAGCCCUUGAAGUAUGUAUUCCUUUCCAAGUUCUUUCUUUUGGUUUUUGUUACAGUACUGUAAAAGGUUGAAUCAAAAAUAAAAAAUCUGAUCCACCAGGUGGAAA